AUGUCGACGUCAUUAAUUCGUUCGGCGCGAUGUACGGCGGCCGAGAUUCUCUCCAUUUCCUCGCAGAUCAUCCACGCGCUCAGCUCGCUCCUCCUGCUCUUUCGCGCCCUCGUCGCCCUCGCUGCCUGCAGAGUCGCCUUGACGUUUCUCUUGCCGCCUCUCCGCGCCGUACAGAGAAUCGUGCGAUUCGUGUGCCUCGUCGAGACCUGGCUCUCGGCCAUUGUACGCGAUAUUGAGUUCUACGGUAAGGCUCGCGAUCUGGAGCACAGGGAGGAGUUCACGGAGAAUGCGGCUUAUACAUGGAGUUGCGAGGGCGGUGAGCAAGUGGGCUGCGACGAAUGGUCGCCUUGGGAUCAACUCAGGCUGUCGUCGUCGUCGCUAGGCGAUAAAACCUCACCGGGUAGGUUGUGGGACGAGGAGAACAUGAGGCGAUGGGUUGAGGAGGCGAGGGCUGUUGCGAAGCUCUCCACUGCAGCCGGCGAUGAGGGUAUAGUAACCAGAAGAGAAUCCGGUAUUUCCGAAGGUCGGAAAACGACUGUCGCAGCGGGUAUGUCUGGCGAACUACACAUGCAGGAAAUCGACGCUUUGCGAGACGAGCUUCAGCAAGCGCGAGCGACGUGCGACGCUCUACGACAAGAGCUCGAGCAAGAGUGGGUGCUGAGCGACAGUCUGCGACGGGAGCUGGAGCAGGAGCGGGCGGCAGCGGACAGCGCUGCGAUGGCGAGCAUGGAGUCGAUACGACGGUUGCAAGACGACAAAGCUGCCGACCAGUUAGCGGCUCGGCAGAGAGAGAGAAUCUUAGUCGAGAAAGCGCGGUACGAGGAGGAGGAGGUAGAGGGCUUAAGGGCCGAGGUGGAGAGGCAAGGGGAGGAGAUUCUUCUGCUGCGCGAACAGAUGGCCGCUGUCACCGGUUUUCGCUAUGUUACAAGUGAGACGGAUCAUGACUGUGCGGAAACAGAAGGUGACAGAGGUGAUUCAGGAGGAAGAGAGGAUGACGGUUCGGGUAGAGGGGAGGAAGAGGAGGGGUCGGAGAGAGGAGCGCGCAUUCAUAACAUCGAAGAAGACCAGGAGAGUCACAGGGAUGGUGGCGUACGUGGCUUGAGCGGCUGGGGUGGCUUGAACGGCAUGGGUGGUUUGGGCGGCGUUAUGGAGAGUGAUGGAGCUCAGGGGUGGAGAAAAAAAAGAGCGCUUUUGGAUUUACAUGAGCCGGAAAGUGGCCUGGAGUGGGGGGAGGUUUCCGGGACAGCAGCGCCGACAGCCCGACGAAAGAUUGACCCGCUGCCCCUAGCCCAACAGGGGGCGGGGGCAUUCUCAGCAGCAGCAGCACCUGAAGCGCUGCUGGCAGCAGCAGUGCUUGAAGCGCCGCUGGCAGCAGCGGGUGACGCUGCUUCCCUGUCAUACGCCCUGGGUGGCCUCCUCAUGCCGUUCCUCCCUGGCCGCCUCCCUGCUGACGCUGGACUGCUGGCGCCAGUGGCCAAUGCACCGCUGCUCGCUGCUGCUACUGGCUGUGGUGAAGGUUCUGAUGCUGCUGAUCCUGCUGCUGGUACGUCUAGUGUAGGUGGUGAUGCUGUGCAGUCUGGGAGCUGCGGACGUGUAGAUAAGGUGGAAGGUGGAUUCUUAGCGAGCUCGGAUGCAGCAGAAGAAUAA